UCUUGAGCUUACAAUUGUUAAAACACUUGUGUUAGUUCCAUCCGCUGAUUACCUCACAGCUCACUUGCUUUGAUACGAGUAUGAAGUUUUGGUCCCGCUUCUAAGUUUUCUGUUAAAAACAUUUUUUCAUUUUGAAACCGUCGUAGGCAGAGUAGUUAAGGAUAAUUUGCAGAUUGCUACAUCUGGUUCCAUACCAGCGCCUGGGAAAGUAAACGGUGCACUGGUGUGUCCUGACGUGUUUAUAAUGGAUUCUGCUGGCACCCGCUCGGUCAUUAAUGGCCGUAAAAACCCUACCAAACGAAUUUUGAUAAAGAAUGGAAAGGUGGUGAACGAUGAUUUGGAAUUUUUCGCGGAUAUAUUGGUUGAAGAUGGAAUAAUAAGUGCAGUGGGACCACAACUCGAACUACCGGCAAAUACGACAAAUACUGAAGUGAUCAAUGCAGAAGGGAAACUUGUAAUCCCAGGGGGCGUUGAUCCACAUGUCCAUUUCCAGCUCCCGUUUAUGGGCACAUGUAGCAUUGACGACUUUUAUUCCGGAACAGUAGCUGCGGUAGCGGGAGGAACUACCACAAUCAUUGAUUUCGCCAUUCCGACCAAAGGUCAGUCGCUACUGGACGCCUACAAACAAUGGCGACAGUGGGCUGACGAAAAAGUGGUUUGUGAUUAUUCAUUGCAUGUUGCUGUUACUUGGUGGAAGGAAGCUCUGAAGGAUGAAAUGAAACUUUUAACGGAAGUCCAUGGAGUCAACUCAUUUAAGAUGUUCAUGGCAUAUAAAGAUGUUUUCCAACUGGAUGAUGCAGAUAUGAUUCAUGUUUUCGACUGCUGCAAGAAUAUCGGCGCCAUUGCCCAAGUCCAUGCGGAAAACGGCGAUAUGGUGGCAGAAAAUGUCAGGCGUUUGUUAGCGGCUGGUAUUUGUGGACCGGAAGGUCAUGAACAAUCUCGACCGGAAGAAGUGGAGGCAGAAGCCACAAACCGUGCUAUCAUGAUCGCCAAUCAAACGAACUGUCCGCUGUAUGUGGUGCAUGUGAUGAGCAAGAGCGCGGCCAUGUCCGUGGCCGAUGCUAGACGUAAAGGCUGCGUAGUGUUCGGUGAACCAAUUGCGGCAGGUUUGGCAACCGAUGGACGGAAUUAUUACCAUACUUGCUGGCGGCACGCGGCGGCUCAUGUUCUGUCGCCACCGUUGCGUCCAGAUCCUUCUACACCGGAAUUCCUCAUGAAUCUGUUAGCCAAUGGCGAUCUGCAGACUACCGGAACCGAUCACUGUACAUUUUCAUCCGAGCAGAAAGCAAUGGGAAAGAACGACUUCAGCAAGAUCCCCAAUGGAGUGAAUGGAGUAGAAGAGCGCAUGUCCUUGCUAUGGGAGAAAGGAGUCCGAACGGGAAAAUUGGAUCACUGCAAAUUCGUUGCCGUAACAAGUACCAAUGCGGCCAAGAUUUUCAACAUAUAUCCACAAAAAGGCCGUAUUCAAGUUGGAUCCGAUGCUGAUUUGGUUGUGUGGGAUCCGGACGGAUCAAAAACCAUUUCGACUAAAACACAUCAUGCUGCGGUGGAUUUCAAUAUUUUCGAUGGAAUGCACGUUCACGGUGUGCCGCGGGACGUUAUUACCGGUGGCCGGAUUGUUGUUCGGGAUGGUCAGCUGCUGCCACUUCAAAAGGGCACCGGAAAAUUUGUACCGACGCUUCCGUAUUCUCCGUACGUUUACAGCAGAAUUCACCAACGUGAUAAGAUUCCGAAAUGGGUCAAAGUCGACCGCGAUUCGGAUCCGACUUCCAGAGUUCGUCACUUAUCGGGUGGAUCAAAAGCGGAAGGCCACAAACCGCUUCUUCGGGGGCUGUCUGACUAUGUUGAUGGUUGAUAUGUCAGACUUGUACGUUCCCAGACUUUGAGCGACUCAUUUCUGCCAGAUUAGUAGUAUAAUAGUACCUAAUGCAUUUCGUAGUUUAUGAUACUUAGUUUUUACAUUCUUUUUUUCUUCCGCUACAUUCGUACAAGCUAUUACUGGGAGCCUCUUCCGUUUUCAUAAAGUUGAAUUAAUUUCCCUUUUUAGUUGUAGUUUAUGAUUUUCUGUGUACCACAUCUGGUGCGGCGUGAUGUGCUUAAUAAUUGAGAUUUUUAAAAUUGUAUAGCUUCAUCUUUUGUCCAAGUUUGGGCUGCUUUAUUGGUUCAUUAAAUUUGCAGUAUACCCUUCUGUGAA